UGUCUGGCACAGCACGUCGCGGGAUGGUUCCGAGCGCGCGUAUACAUGACCGGAGCGAGUCAGAGAAAAGGCGACGCCAGAAACUCGUUUGGACCCCACCACGUCGAAUGUGCACAAUGUCCUCUGGAGCUCCCUGGACGUCGCCACAUUAGCCUCUUGACAGCUGCAAUUAUCCGUGAACACCCUCAGAGGCAUUGCUGAAAUUGCAUCGUUUCCCUUUCCAAUAACGUGAGAGUCCAGAGGGGACGUAGAUAAAACUGUAGAGAAUAGGAUGGAGAAGAGGCAGUUCCCAUACAAGGAAGGGGGAGGGGUGUACGUGACGCGAGACGGCAAUGAAACCCUACUGCCAUACGACAGCAGUUGCAGGGAAACUGGACAGGCUUACGUUCAAGGUACGGUAAAGUACGUUCGCGCUAUUAAAAAUAAACACCAUGCAAAUUUGUCAGGCGGAUAACUUAUGCAGGCAGCGCAGAAGCAGCGCAACAUUAAAGCGCAGCCUAUGGUUUAGGCGACACUACAGAAGCUGUCGUGCGUGAAAUCGACACUUUUGCGUCCGCCGCGGUAGCUUCGCGGCUAUGCCAUUGCUCGAGAUCGCGGGUUUGAUCCUGACCGCGGCAGGAGCAUUUCAGCGGGGCGAAAUAACAAAACGCUGGUGCAUUUACAUUUAGGGACACCUUAAAUAACACUACGGAGUCAUAAUUGAUCCGGAGUCUGAAACUACAGCAUCCUUCAUAACCCGAUUGUGGUUUCGCACGCACAGCCACAUAAUGCAAUUAAAAAUUAGUGCUUAUGCCACGAUGCUAUGUGCCCUGUAAGGAAAAGACAACGCUCAACCCUCUCAGUGAUUAUUCAGUAUGGCGCGGACCAACGCCUCAGGCUAACACCUCUCCCUUUAUGUUUUGUGUACGACGCAGACAAACAGCAGUGGUGCACGGAAAAUAAUGUUUAACGUCCGCUCUCCAGUCUUGUGUUGACCCAAAUGCUGAAUAAGCUAAACAUUCACCGUCAACAUCGCCACUAAUUACCGCCAAUCAAAGCAAACAGCACAGAAAGCUUCGCUUACAUCGAUUUCUCACAGUGCGUGGGAUCCGCAUAUUUUUUCUCCGUAUUUUCGCUGCAGCGCACACAUCGCUCAUCUUGUUGCGAGUAUAUGCUGCCGUAUGUCUUUCUCCUUAAGCAACUAGCUCGAACGUCAGACAACAACGCACUGCCCUUUGUGUGGUCGUAGAGAUUUUUCCUUGGAAUUUCUUUAUUGCCAUUCUUGUAAAUAUCCAUGGUGUUUCUUGUUUCCCUUGUUUGCAUCCAUAUAACUGUCCCUUUUUCUCACUUCAUUUUUGAUGAAUCCUGGUAGUCUGUUUACAGUUGCAGUUACCUGUACCUCGUCGCUAACUUACCUGUUUCUUCCUUCGGUGUGAACGCUUUUCAGGUACAGCUGCUUGUGCACUUUAGCCGCCCAUUUAUUUUGAUCCAUGUUCCUCACUCUUUCUUCAAAACUAAUUUUGCUCUGCGCUCCACAUAACCCUGCACGGCCUCGUUUGUGGUAACCCGCCUACUGGUGUUUGGUUAACUUCCAAGCCCCAAAGGGAUGUCACUUUAGGCACAGAAUGGCAUUUGCGAGCGUUACAGCCAGCACCAUUGCUUCUUUCCAGAUUCCACGCACCACCUCAUAGUUACUGUGGUCCCAAAAUGCUCUAUGUUUUAUUAUUGCUGCAUUCCGCUUUUCCUUUAUUUUCCGAUUUUCUUGGUGGUUACUUGAGUUACCCCCGUAUUCAGAAAUGCGCCUUGACUCGAACUUGACUUGCGGCCGCCUCAAGUCGGCGCCAACGCGCAUCAUAAACCUCCCUUGACUUGAAGCGCCUCCUCGCGGCGGACUUCACUUGAUCAAGUACGCGAAAACUUCAAGACAGGGCCAGCGCUACCUUGAAGUGGGCUUGACAGGUUGAGGAGCCAUGGCGGCUUAUAGGAGCGACGUUGCCAGAAGAAUCAGCGCGUACGAAUUUGCGUGUAGAGCAUGUGAUGUCGUCUUCGGUGAUGCAUUUUACAUGCAAACUGUGCCACGGCCAUGGAUGCGCGACAGAUUGAACCCGAUGGAGCUGUACGACGACGAGGAGUUUCUCACGCGCUAUCGCUUCACGAAGCAAACAGUUCGUGAGCUGCUCGCCUUUGUGCCACUUGAAGCGAGCGGCGACAACCGAGGAUUGCCGCUGACACCCAUGCAGCAGCUGCUUGUGGCACUGAGAUUUUACGGCACCGGAACCUUUCAAAUUGUGAGCGGAGACUUGGUCAAUGUGUCCCAGCCCACGGUGUGCCGCACGGUGAAACGAGUGACGCGCCUUCUUGCAAGGCACCUGUUCCGAGCAGUCGUCCGCUUCCCGGAUGCCUCACAGCUGUCAGGUGUGAUGCGAGAUUUCUACGAGAUCGCCCACUUCCCCGGGGUGACGGGCUGCAUCGACGGCACACAUGUACGCAUAAAGAGUCCCGGAGGCGAUGACGCAGAAGUUUACCGCAACCGCAAAGGAGUGUUUUCUAUUAACGUUCAGGCGGUUGCCGGACCAAUGCUGCAAUUCUUCAACGUUGUAGCGAGCUGGCCGGGGUCUGCCCAUGGCAGUCGCAUAUUUGACAAUUCUAGAGUACGAGUUAUGUACGAACAGCACCGUGUGCCUAGUCUGCUGCUUGGAGACAUGGGCUAUGCCUGCUCUCCUUUCUUGAUGACCCCCCUUGCUGAGCCAGGUCCAGUCAACUCACCAGAAGGCAGGUACAACAAGGCGCACAUCAAGACCCGCAACUCCAUAGAAAGGGCCUUUGGAGUGUGGAAAAGGCGCUUUCCAUGUUUGGACAUGAAGCUGCAGCACAAGCCUCGUAAUGCAGCUCGCAUAAUAACUGCUUGCGCUGCCCUGCACAACGUGGCCCUCCUACGAAGAGAACCCGAGCCACUCGGUCUCCAUGUUCCCACCAGCCGAUGCAGACGUACAGGAAGAAAUACUUGCCAAGAGCACCUGCCAGCUGUUAAUGGUGUGGGGGACAAUCUACCUGGCAUGCGUGCACGGCAACUUCUUAUCCAGAGAAGUUUCUCUUAAGAUUGUUGUUUCAAAGAUUGUUGUUUGAAAUCCACCUCGUGUUUCUGAAUAAUAGGGGUGUGUGAACAGUGAAUUUUGAGACUGAAUCGAAUGGAAAUCUAGCAGAAUCAAAUCGAAUGGCUUUGGAAUAAUGAAGAGGCAUUAGCAGCAUUAAUAUAAAACAAUGCUCACAUCCUAGUAUAGUCGGAAAGGUUCUGUCAUUACAUAGCACAUUAUGAAGUGUUUAUUAAAAGCACAAAGAGCAUCAGGAGCAGACCAGUAGUUUCUUUGUAUGCGCAGAACUCUUUAGAGUGUGCAAAUGGUCACUGUAUAGCCUGUAAUGUAUGGCUACCGAAGCAACGUAGCCUGUUCCACUACGAGAGUUCUCAUGUUUUAUGUCUAUACUAUGCCCGAGGGGUAAAAACUUACCGUGCUUUUGCUCCAAUUUUGUUUAAUUAGGCGCAGUUGAUGUUUUGAAAUAUUCAAAAAGUUUUGAAUAUUCACACACCCCUACUGAAUAGUUGGGUAAUGGGUUUAGGGUUCUUUUAUGUGUCGUGUGGCGUCUGUAUGGCACUACAGACAGACGAAAUGUAAAAAGACCAUGUGUGUUAAAAACUCAGUUACUGAUUAGACACUCAGCC